UUUGGACGUGGGCUGUUGCUCGGUCAGGCAUUCCGAACUCGUGUAUAUCGCGUGAGUCGUUCGAAUUUACGGAAAGAUGUCGCUCAAUUCCCAAGGACGCCAACUGUAUCUGUCCUUCGGGGACCACCUGUCAUCCGAUCUAUUCUUCUUCGUUGUGGUCUGUUUUCAUUUGUUUCCGUAAAUGUCGUUUUCGUCGGCUCUAUUAUCUGGAGUUAUGAGAACUGGCGAAAGUCUUCAAACCUGCCCUCUAAACAAAAAUUUGGAGGUCGUCUUCGGCAAAUCUUUCAGUCUCUAGUAGGACGUCCUCCCAGAUCCACUGAUCUCUUUUGGGGUAGGUUCAUCCGGUUAAGCUUCAUCUGCAGUUCUUUAGGUAUUGCUCUGGUCAACUUCCUUGUCUUUCUGGGCAACAAUAGCCGAAGGGGACCCAUGUUGCUUAAAUUCUUCUCCAAUUCGCCCUAUGGACGCAUCUGCGCUUCCCUUCUCAGUAUUCUCAGCAAAGCGGCUCGUCGUUCUCCGGUGCCCUCCAUCGGCGCUAGCGGUGCCAUCUGCGCAGUGCUUGGCGCAUUCUGCAUGCUAGAACCGCACGCCCAACUCUGUAUCCCUUUUCUCGUCAACAUUGUUCCGCACUCCUUUUCCGCCGGCUCUGCGGGUUGGGCAAUCUUGGCAUUUGAGUUCUUCGGUGCAAUGCUCCUCUCAGCGCGCAGCCCCAUAGACCAUGCUGCUCAUCUAGGUGGUCUCAUGUUCGGCAUGUACGUGCCGCCCACUCUCCUUGACUAA